AUAAUUUUUUCGGCCAUUUAUAACUCAUGUGAUUUUUAUAUAUACUAUAGGUGCUUGGUUAGGUUAGGUAGGUACUUACAAUAUUUCAAAUUACUGUAUUACAUCGGGCUAUAUUGAACGUUUGGAAAAUAAAUAAAACAUGAUGUGCCAAAUUCAUACACGUCAUCGGGCAGAAUAUGAACGACGACUGGAACGCAUACAACCUGCUUUGGAUCGUGUCAAGUCGUUGCUGCGUAGUAGUUGCAAGUCGAAAAGUCUGAUAAAUUCUCAGUUUUACGUGUCGGGAGAAUGCGCGGCGUGGCUGGUCGGUCGCACGGAAAGAUUCAAUGUAAUUGAUAUUUUCGCCGUGGCGUAUCUUCCCGCAGAUUUUCAAUUCCCCCACAACAAUGCAGUCUACAUGGAGUCUAACUACUAUACGGCCGAUUGUACCACGGUGAUCAAUUUCCUUACCGAUGGUACCGAUUACCAACCUCCAAUACAGGUAAUAUUUUCAUGGUUCGAUUUUUCCGUAGUAUCAGUUUUUAUAAAUCUAUUCGACACCGGCAUAAUUUUCACUUACGAUUGCCUGUGCGAUUACUGGAAGUGCAUUGUAACGAAUAACGGUUGCUUGCAACAUGGCGAAGUUCAAUAUCCGCUUUUGUUCAAUUCGUCUUCACAGGAUGAUGACACUCUAAGGACUUUUCGAAGACUACAGCCUAUAUAUCAGAAAUUUCGGAAACGUGUUUAUGAUGUUUCACCCCGCAAUCGUGACGAUUAUUUACUUAAAAUGUCAAUUGAAAUCGACCGCGUCAACAAGUAUUCGAUGCGGCUGUUUCCGAUCAAGAGUAUGAAUAAAUAUAAGCCUCAAGACGUGGCUAUGUCUUUUUGUGAUUACAUUUACUGUACGUUCUGCAAGCGUCGUGAAUUGUUGGCCAUUAAGUAUGUACAUUUAUGGAGACAUAAGACAUAUGCACCGCCAUAUGGCUACGGUUACAAGGCAGCUCAAACUCGUUUUCUAUCAUGGCAGUACAGCAACUAUAAUGGCAAGAACGACAAUGAUAUCUACACCCUCAAACAUUGUAAAUGUAUACCAUCAUUUUGAGUAUUUCUAGUGAUAUUGGAGAAGUAUAGACUACCAGUGUUCAAGUACAUAGACGGAUAAAGGUAAACCAUAUUAUAUUCCUAAUUUCAGUAAGGCUGAUUGUAUGGUAAUUGAAAAUAGUAUAUUUAAUCAUUAAUAUUUACUAAUAUUGGAUAUAAAACUUUAUAUUGCAUCACAACCACUAUUGAGUGAUAUCAACAAACGGAAACAAAACACAGGAACUGUAAUAAUGUAUUUUAUGUUAUUUUGUUUUAGAAUACAUGUACUUAGGUAAUAGAUAAUUUAAUGACAAACUAAUAAUUGGUUAAAAUACUUUUGAAAACAAGGUAAAGAAUUAUUUUUGAUAU